AGAACAUAGUGCAAGAUUAAUUGUGUGAAACAGUGUUGGAAAAUGUCGGAUAGAGAGAACAUUUUGAGCGAUAUGAAAGACAACACACAAGAAAAUAACAUCAAUGUUCCUUCCUUUGUCCCCUUUUCUCGUAUGAAUUUAUCAAAACCUCCUUUGUGUCUUAGUCCACCAUUUAAAGCACACAUGGUAGAGAAUCAUCUAACUACCAUCAACAACCCUACUACAAUGUUAAGAGUCAAUCCUAAGAAGAACAAACGAGUUCUAGCUAAUGGAGUAUCAGGUCAUGUACCAAGGCGAAAGCAAGCGCAGUAUAUAGAUGAUUUGGAAAUAAAAGUUAAUGAAAUUGAGGCUGAAAUAGCUAAUCUGAAGCAACAAGUUGAGUUAAAACUGAAUGAGAAACACUCUUUAUUGAUGGAACGUGAGUCAUUGAUGGGUCAAGUCGCCAUUUUUCAAGAGAAAAUACUUGUUAAUGAUGCUGAGCUUGAGGAACGCAAAGUCGAAGUGAAGAAAUUGAGGGAACAAGAGCUACAGAUGCUUACUAAUGUUCAGCCAAUGUCCAAUGACCUCAACUCAAAUUAUCAUCAAGAACCAAGCCAAACAUGGACACCUACUGAACUUGUGCCAGAUGAGGAAGAAAUGGAAGCAAACAUCAUGGAAUUGAUGAAGAUGCCUGAGAAUCCUAAUCUUAACGAUUUGUUUCCAUGAAAUGCAUAAAUGAAUAGGAUUUUGAUGAUGGAUCAUCUCAUAUUAUGCUUGCUUUAUAUUUUGUUUCUAAAUAAUGUGGAAGCUUAAAAUAUUCCGGCUAUUUAUUUUUACCAUGACUUCUAAAUUGCUUGAUUAUUGGACAUGAAAUUUAAAUUGAUUGUAUUAUAUUAUGUGACUUGCGUAUGUGUUUUGACACCCUCGUUACUGGAUGUAUCAUAUAUUGUUGGUGUUUCUGGUUC